ACAGCUCUUCUGAACGCGGCAUCAAUAACUGCACUCGUCCCAGCUGAUUUAACGGAGCCCAAAAUCGCCCAUGCACCGGAUUCAGGAUUCACAGGUUUUCUCGUGCUGCAUCAAGUGUUGUUUCGGUCUGAUGACCGUUGCAGAUCUCUGGCAUAAUAAAUGCAGUAGCUUGCCUUUGUGUGAUGGGUCCAAACUACCGAUGCAUUAGGCUGAGGCAAAAGUUACUAUUUAGACCAUCUCAUUGUAAAUGGACUGUAGAUGUUCCAGGAGGGAUCUGUCUUGUCCUCUGUGCAGUUUGACAUGAUGGUUCCGCAGGACUGCGGCAUUAAAAUUUUGGGACCAGCAACUUUUUCUCUGUACUUUGUGAUAACAGCUGGAUUUAUUUCUGUGAUCGAGAGCACAACAUCGAUCGGAUAUAAUCAAGACACAGAUAGUUUUCUCAAUGGAGUUACCAACUAUGAAGUUGUUCAUCCUAUCAGAGUGGAUUCCUCAGGACAUUUUUUGUCUAAUCUUGUGUCUCACCGUGUGAGUCGAAUUCAAAGAAGAGAGACGGGAAAAAGCAAAGAGAGCCUGACCCAGGUGUACUACAAUCUGCAGUAUGGUGGUCAAGACCUUCACUUUAACCUCACCCUAAACCCUCACCUACUGGCUCCUGGAUUCCUCACUGAGCGGAGAUACGGUGGCCUGCUGGGCUCAACUCUACAUGGUCAUGGCCACUCUCUCUGUUUCUUCCUGGGAGAUGUCUGGAGCAGCACGCUGGAGAGUGGUCAGGCAGCGGUCAGCACCUGCAAUGGCCUGACAGGGCUGUUCAAGCUCUCAGAGGAGGAGUUCUUCAUUAGUCCACUGGAACAGGCGCAAGAGGAGUCCUCCCGACAGGCUCAUGCCAUCUAUAAACGACACGCUGUGCAGUCUGAACGCCAGCUGGUGCAAGCGCUGUUUGGAGAGCACAUAACAAACGCCACCUGUGGGGUCAAAGGAGGAGCUGAGCAGGUGGAGAAGCAGAGGGAGCGCUGGGAGAGUCGACAGCGGCGCAGGCGGAUUCGACAGCGCUCCAUAAGCACUGAGAAGUGGGUAGAGACUCUGGUAGUGGCUGAUCCUAAAAUGGUGGAGUACCAUGGAAGCAAAGGUGUUGUGAGCUAUGUGCUCUCUGUCAUGAAUAUUGUGGCAGGGUUGUUUCGAGAUGCCAGCAUCGGAAAUGCCAUCAACAUUGCUGUUGUGCGUCUUGUUCUGUUGGAAAAGGACGAGGAGGAUUUGAAAAUCACCCAUCAUGCAGACAACAGUCUGCACAGCUUCUGUAAGUGGCAGAAAAACAUCAAUAUGAAAGACGAUGACCAUCCAAUCCAUCAUGACGUGGCUGUACUGAUUACUAGAAAAGACAUUUGUGCUGCCAUUAAUAAGCCAUGUGAGACACUGGGACUGUCUCAUGUGGCAGGAAUGUGUCAACCUCAUCGCAGCUGCAGCAUCAAUGAAGACACGGGCCUGCCGCUGGCAUUCACUAUCGCUCACGAACUCGGCCACAACUUUGGGAUUCAGCAUGAUGGGAACGGGAAUGACUGCGAGCCUAUUGGGAAAAGGCCCUUCGUCAUGUCUCCACAGCUCCUGUAUGGUACUUCACCACCCAACUGGUCUCGGUGCAGCCGUGAAUACAUCACACGCUUCCUUGAUCGAGGUUGGGGCUGGUGUCUGGAUGACCCUCCUGUCAGAAACGAGCUGGAUCUUCACUCUGCUCCCCCUGGUGUCCUGUACAGCGCUGCUCAUCAGUGCAAGCUGCAGUAUGGAUCCAGUUCACUGCUCUGUGACGAAGUAGAUAACAUCUGCAGCACCCUGUGGUGCACAGUGGGCUCAACCUGCCACUCCAGACUGGAUGGCGCUGUUGAUGGGACCAAAUGUGGAGAGGGCAAGUGGUGUUUUGAUGGAGAGUGUGUGACAAAAGGCACCCAGCCUGAAAGUGUGCACGGAGGCUGGGCUUCAUGGAGCGAUUGGUCCGACUGCUCCAGGACCUGCGGCACAGGCGUUCAGAAUGCCCAAAGGGACUGCAUAAACCCUGUACCUAAGUAUGGAGGAAGAUACUGUCUUGGAGAACGUCAAAGAUAUCAAACUUGUAACCAUGAGCCCUGUCCUGUGGACCAGCCCAGCUUCAGACACAUGCAGUGCAGCCGCUUCAACACGAUCCCUUAUAAGGGGAAGUUUUAUAAAUGGAUACAUGUGAAUAACAGAGUUAAUCCAUGCGAGCUGCACUGUCGACCCAUGAAUGAGCAUUUCUCAGAAAGGAUGCUGGAUACGGUCAUUGACGGGACGAAGUGUUAUGAGGGCAGUCAGAAUCGCGACAUAUGUGUUAACGGCAUUUGCAAGUAUUUAGGCUGUGAUUUCGAGAUUGACUCAGAUGCCGUUGAGGAUCAGUGCGGAGUUUGCCUUGGAAAUGGAUCUACAUGUGAGACUGUCAGGAAGACCUUUGAGGACAGUGAAGGACUCGGCUAUGUCGACAUAGGUUUAAUUCCGGAAGGAGCGCGGGACAUCCGUAUUGAGGAAGUUGCAGAGGCUGGGAACUACUUGGCUUUACGCAGUAAUGACCCUGAAAAAUAUUUCCUGAAUGGUGGCUGGACGAUUCAGUGGAAUGGCGAGUAUAAGGCUGCAGGGACAAUAUUCACUUAUGAAAGGACCGGGCAGCUGGAAAACCUAUCUUCCCCCGGACCGACCAUGGAGCCAGUGUGGAUUCAGCUGCUAUUUCAAGAGACGAAUCCAGGCGUGAGGUACGAGUACACCAUAAGCAGAGACUCUCUGCUUGACUCCAGCAAUGGCACUGCUGUCUCUUAUUUCCAGUGGAUUUAUGGGGCUUGGACUGAAUGCAGCGCCACAUGUGGAACUGGUAUGCAGAGGCAAAUUGUGCAUUGUGUGGAGAAAACGUCUGGAAUUGUUGAGGAGCAUUACUGUGAUCCAUCUACACGACCAGACGACAAGCAAACUAGCUGCAAUAAGGGCUUGUGUCCUGCCAUAUGGUGGGCUGGAGACUGGCAGAAGUGCUCAUCUAGCUGUGGGGAAAUGGGGCUCAGGAAGAGAACUGUGCUGUGUAUUCGGAGCCUCGGGCUUGAUGAGCAACGAGCACUUCAGCCGGCUGAAUGUCAGCACUUACCUAAGCCUGAGUCCAUUAUUCAGUGUAACACGCAAGUGUCCUGUCCUGCAGACUGGACCACUGGAAGCUGGUCAGAGUGCUCAGUGAGCUGCGCCACUGGUUUGCGGAGACGUGAUGUGACCUGCAGCUGGAAUACUGGAGCAGAUUGUGAUCCGAAAGCCAAGCCCAACUCAACCAUACCCUGUUAUGCUCAGGACUGCCCCAUAAACAUAGACAUUAGCGACUGGUCAGGAAGUGGUGCUUCCAGCAAAGAGGUUUUCAAUGAGAUAAAUGUUAUACCUCAUGACGGUCACUUCAGUCAGACCAAAAACCAGCCCAGGGAAAAUGCUGACCUCAAUGUCAUCGUAGAGAAAGGUUUCUCACAUUAUAAUCACAUUGAAAAGUCCCCUGAAAAUUCGAUCGUGAAAAAUCUUCAUGUCGAUGAUUUCUACUACGACUAUAACUUCAUCAAAUUCCACGAGGAUCUGUCAUAUGACCUCGAUGAAGAUGAUGCGUUUGAUAACUCAGGAAUAAAACAUGGGGAUCUGACAGGGACAUAUGUACCCAAUACUACCUCAUCACCAAGCACCACUACAGACCAACACAGUACGACCAUUAUGUACUCUGAUAGCAUUACUAAGGGUACUGAAGGUCACAAGCCUCAAAAGAAAGACAUUGUAGAUGACAAUAAUGAUGCACUAUUUGCUGAAGACUAUUUACUUCCUGUUAUUACAACAACUGAACCAACUUCUUCAGUUACCAGGUUAUUUAAUAAAUGGAAGGGAUCGGGCACUGAUACUGACUUAAUGCAGGACAUCAGUGUUACAAGGAACCCUCUAUCAACAGCAGACGUGUCCCUUCAGGACAAAAACGAAACCAUCCCAGACAUCUUUUUAACUCUGGAACCAGAUUUAAUUUCAAAAGGGAAUUUAAAUAAUCAAGACGAUUACAAUGACAAUCUAAAAUAUACAACCAAAAUUCCCAUACCUGAAGAUGAGAAUGAAGGGGAGUUUGGCGAAGAUGUUCCUGGAGGUGAAAGUGAGUGGGAAAGCUUUCAACCACCACCCUUUACUCAAACUUAUGAACCUCCUUUAGAUCACAUAUUUAAGUUUGAAACCUAUGAAAACAGUGAUGUUCAUAAUCCAACUACUCCAUUACAAUGGAAUAUGGCCUCACCGACAGUUUCAAUUACUCAACAAUCGGAACUUCUCAGCAGUGUUUCCAGCGAUGACUUUACACAACAUGAACCACCAGCAAACACUGAGACAAGUAAACCCUGGCCCGCUUUAAGAGAGUUCACAAUGACCUCAAACAGCCUUUCUCAAGAGUCUUCUCCGACUUCCUCUGUCCCAGCCAAACAUUACAGUAGCAUGACCUCAGAAGCUGGAACAACAAUGCUACCUCCUACAGAAAUGGAAAGUGAUAUUGAGCUCCCCAUCUUUAAUCCAGUUGAGAUUCCGGACACGAUCAUUGCAGCAGAGACUUACGAUUGGUAUUCAACAGCCAUUGCACUAACUAAGAACAAUGGGCCUAGAACAGAGCCUUGGGGAACUACAUUCCCUUUACCUCGCUGGGCAGAGAUUGAUAACAAUGAGGUUAUUAUUGGCCGAAUGCUGAGACCUUCUGGGCUGAAUCCUACUCUCUCUACUCCUACUGAGCAGCCAUCUCAGGGCACUAACAGUGAGCAUUCAGUGCAUUUCUCAAGCCCUCUGAUGCCCACUGGGCUGGUCAUGGCCUCCCUUUCGCCAUCAGCCUCCCCUGCACACUGGAAUAAAGGCAACUGGAGUGCUUGCUCAACAAGUUGUGGGCUUGGAGCCAUCUGGAGGACAGUGUCCUGCAGCACUGAAGAUGAAUCAGACUGUGAUUUAGCUACAAGGCCAGUGCCAGCACGCCGCUGCUACCUUCGACCUUGCUCUGCAUGGAAUAUUGGAGAGUGGAGUAAAUGUUCAAAGAAUUGUGGUGUAGGAGUAAAAGUGAGAGAGAUUCAGUGUCACGACACAAGAGAUCAGAGGUCGCUGAGGCCAUUUCAUUGUCAAGCGACCUCUCCGAGACCUCCUGUCCGAAUCCCCUGUAACAUUCACAGCUGUUUGGACUGGUACACCUCGUCCUGGGGGCAGUGUUCAGAGAUGUGUGGAGGGGGGGAACAGCAGAGACUGGUAACUUGCCCAGAAACUGGGAGAUGUGAUGAGGACCUGCAGCCCAGCUCCAUCCAGUCUUGCAAUGUCCAUCCAUGCAACCAGUGGAUAACUGGAUCGUGGGGUCAAUGCUCUGUGUCCUGUGGAGUAGGCAUUCAGCGCAGACUGGUCAAAUGUGUCAACACUAAAGCAGAGCUCGAGGAUGAAAAUGAGCAUGUGGAUUGUGAACACGACCCUCGACCAAAGAACACAAAGAAAUGUAACAUCCAUGACUGUGACAGCGCCCCCUCUGGUCAGCUGUGUUUACGGGACCUACUGACGUUACGUUUCUGCCAGACACUCCAUUGGCUUGGCCGAUGUCAAGUGCCUUCUGUUCGUUUGAAGUGCUGCAAGACCUGCAGUCUGCCACCACGAGGCAGUGAUCGCACCACAAGCCGCUAAGAUACACACACUGCAGAAUGUAAUAACAGGGAACACAAGAUUAUGACACAAAUACUCAAAGAAGCUUUAGAUUAAUCCAUUGUUGGACAAGCUUUCAAUCUGGUCUAAUCAAGCCGCUGCCAUUGACAGUUGUCAGGUUCAGAAUACACAAUAUAUUUGUUUGUUUAUACAAUAAUCAUUGUGUCGGAUUAUGCGACUUUGAUUCUGACAAGAACUAGUGUGUAAAUAGACAAGAGCUAUGUUUCCAUCAUACCUGCCAACACUCCCGUUUUUCCUGGGAGUCUCCCGUUUUUCAGACCCAUCUUCCGCCACCCACCCGUUAUGUUAUUUCUCCCAGGAAAUUCCCAUAAUUUCACCCCCCCCCUGCCCCCCAAAAAACCCAACACCACACCCCCGGGCCUCAUCUUUUUGGUACAGUCCAUAACACCACCGGAUCGCCGACUUUGGUAUAGUAUUAGAUAGCAACGGCUGCCCAAAACCUGGUGCAUAGUACAGUUACUUAGCUGUGUUAUUCAGACACCUCACCCCUGACACCUAGACAUUCCCACCACCACCCCCGACCCCACCACGGUUUCCUGGAUUUUUAGAGACAAAUGUUGGCAGGUAUGGUUUCCAUCCAAAGACCCGAUUUAUGAUUUAUGCGCAAAACUGGAAUACCACAUACAAUAUUAUGCAAAUAAAUCCAAUUUGUCAAAUAGAACAAAAUUGUCAUUCUCUCCCUGAUAAACUUGUGCCAAAUAUUUAUUCAUUCAUUUUCCAUUGACUUAUUCCCUUUAUUCAUCAGUGGUCGCCACAAUGGAAUGAACCGCCAACUUAUCCAGCAUAUGUUUUACACAGCGAAUGCCCUUCUAGCUGCAAAAAAAACCUAUAAACCCUCAUAAUUACACACACCAUGGUCAAUUUAGUAUACUCAAUUCACCUACAGUAUAGCGCAUGUAUUUGGACUGUGGGGGUAACCAGAGCACCCGUAGGAAACACAUGCAAACACGAUGCAAACUCCACACAGGAAUACCAACUGAACUAGAUGGGACUCGAACCAGCGACCUUCUUGCUGUGAGGUAACAGUGCUAACCACUGAGCCACAGUGACGCCCCUGGCGCCAAAUAUCAAAAAGUAAAAUUGAAUUUUAUGAGGUAGGGGAAGCCACUGCAGGCCUUUUUUCUUCACAGUUCUGGAGGUAAUAAUACUGAACCACUUUGAUGACAGACUUUGGCUGAGGGAUUUUAGAAUGACCAAAACAACAUUUCAGAUCAUUUAUAAUGUUGACAUUCCGCUGGGGUUUGUCAAUUAAUGCUGUACCCUUGCACCCAUUUUUGUCAUCACAUGAUCUGUUAAAACAAAAUCACAUGACUUUUUUGAUGCACCUGCUGGAAUUUAUUCGGUAAAUGUGUUUUCAUUUUAGUUUGUUUUUUUGUUUGUUAUUGGAUUAAAAACGCUUUAUUAUGUGCAUUUAUCAACAUUUUUGCGCAUCUUGCUAUUCCAUUAUGCAAUUUUGUAUGUGAAAUUCCAAAAUUUGCAUUAAAACAUUAAAUGCAUAUGAAAACAUAGCUUAAUAGCCACCAAAAUGUGGUGGUCCUUUGAGGAAACAUCUUAAAAGCAGGAGUACAUUAUUUCUUUAUGGUUUCUGCGUGUUUGAAAGCUGUGUACAGAAGAGCUGCAGAGCUCCCGUUGGUUAAUAUGACAGAUGUGGCGGGGAACUGUCAGUCAGGACUGAGUAAAAUUCAACACGCUAGUCUUACUGUCAUCCACUAUGAAGACACACAGUGUGAGAUAAAAUGAUUGAAUCUUGCAUCCCAACACCCACUGCCGUUUAUGAAUUACCACAACACAUCCAACAUCAUACAGAUUGUGCUACAAUCAGGCUGAUAUUGCAUAGUCUGAAUCCGGCAUAAUAGUUAAUCGUUAACAAAUGUAAUUGGUGCUUCUUUCCGUCCGUCAUCUCAAACAAGCGUUGAAAAGACAGGUGGACUGCUGCAGCGGUGAUGUGCUUUUGUAGGCCAGAACAAAGAAAGCGUUUAAGCAUGGCCAUCGUCCCUAAAUAAAUAGAUUUGUGUAGGUUUUUGGUUAAUGUAUGAAAUAGGAUAUUUUCUUGUUUUAUUCUGACAAAAUUAAUCAGAUGUUUUUGUGGUAUUUUAUUUUUAAAUGUUAAUGUUGAAAAAGGCACUAAUUAGCAAGUGGCUAAACUGGAGGUUUUCAGCAUUCCAAGUCAGACUUUUAAGGAACAUUUAAAAAAAAAAAAAGAUUGUAAAAGUUGCUGAAGCUUCAUAUAGUAGUGGCGAUAUUGAAACCAUGCGACCAUUGUGUCAUUUGUUUAACCUUGACUAUUUAACUGUUUAACCAUAUUUUGGCUUCAUAAUUAAUAAAAGUUGCAUACUAUAUAGUACAUUAAAACUUUAUGUGAGCCGAGGAGUAUGUCUGAAUUCUUAGUAUUUGAAAAACAGUACGCAAGAAGUAUUCAGAUGACACUACUUCGGUGAGAUUCUGAAGUGUGCAUCAUAUAAUACCACGCAAGAAAACUCUAGAAUAUGGAACCAGAUCAGUCUCAAAAUAAAAAUACAUUGACAAAAUAAAGUCAUACACAUUUACAAAAUUUAAUAAGUAAAUUCAAAACACAAUUUGUAAAUACACAAAUCCAAUUCAUAAAUUCGAAACAUAAUUCAUAAAUACACAAAUCCUAUCCGUAAAUUCAAAUCACAGUUCAUAAAUACACAAAACUCAAUUCACAAAUUCAAAAAACUAUUUACAGUAUAAAUACGCAAACCACAAUUUCGUAAAUUCAAAAUACAAUUCAUAAAAAUGCAAAACAAC